AUGCACCUACGGACUUGUCUUACGGCUGGAACCACUGUUCUCGAGAAUCUGCGUGGGAAGAAUAGUAUCCUGCUGAGCACAAGCAAUGGAGUGGCUUUGUUGGGAGACGGCGUAUCAUUGUUUGAAGCCAGCUGGGAUCCAGAUGGGCGAAGGGAUAUUCGUCUCACACGCAUGCCUGUAGCAGAGCACUAUGGCAUGUCCAAUGGCGUGGCAACACUUGUGCCAACACUACGUGUGGAGGUGGUCUCCAUAGAGGACAACAAGUUGUCUCCGCUUCAAUUGCUUCAGAACCUUUCGGAAGCGCCAUUAGCAGAGACAGAAACUAUCCAGAUCAUAGAUAGCGAGUCUGACGUUGCUGGAGAGAACCGUUUCACUGUGGUGGUCACCGGGCCACCCAUCCUUCCCGUUCUUGGAUGCGUCCUGCAGCACAAGAAGAACUUGUGGAUAGCUCUUUACAGAAAAGGCUUUCAUUGCCUUCACUUGUUUCGUUAUUCCAAGUGUGAAGCAUCCAAGAGUCAGGGUGAGAGUGGACUUGCACUGGUUCCUUUUGACCCUUCUACCUUGACGCUCCCAGCACCUAUACACGGCUUGGCGCCACUGCACAAUUUUGGCGCCUUUAUUAUUGCUACGUGUGAGAGAUCGUCAUCAACACUCUAUAUGAAGCCCAACACAUCCUUUGAGGUGAACAUUCAUAGCUGUCUUCUCCCAAAUGGUGACGCAGACAAGGAAUUGGCACCAAAAAAAGUCUCAAGCACAACUCUCUCGACCUGCGAAAGUAUCGCUGCUGACCAUGCACACCAAGCAUUCUCACUGAUCACACAAUUUGCUACGGAUCCCAAUCUUUCUGCCCAGGAAAAGACCUCUUUAAUUACAGCAAUGUCUAGUGUUUAUGACUCAGCGUUGAGGGCUGCCUGUGCUGGCAGACAAGUCCUGGACGCCCAGUUAAAAUGUUAUCCAGAGAACUUUGGUUCAACGCCAUUAGAAGGCACGACUAUGCCUUUGUAA